UAUCUUACGCUCGCGACCGGCGUUGGGGGUCGUUGUUAUCGCCUACAUUGCGUUGUCAAUCGUUGGAAAGAGCUGAAGCUAACCACCGCUAGCCACCAAAGCUGCAGCAGUGUUCGAGGAACUGUGUAACCUUAAGCUGUGAUUCUGACUUCUCUCAAACGCAUCAUGCCCUGGGAACGACCGGCCAACGUACCUUUUCCGAAUGUUUGGUGGACGUUCGAAGCUCCCGAUCCGGACCGUGAGGAUGGUGCGCUGGUGACGUACCGUGUAGAGGACUUAACGGAAGAUCGAUUCGAUGAUGCUAUCAAACUGUACACCGAACAUUUCCUUGACGACGAGCCACUUUGUUCGUAUGGCCGGGUUCGACACAUUCCCGCAUCCUAUGAAGAAAUGCUCGCAUUCUGGCAUUACCUGCUCAGUGAGAAGUUUACCAUAGUAUGCUACAAGGAAGGAUCCAAAGAGAUGGUAGGAGCCAACCUGCUUUCGGUGAAGAUGGCCAGCGAUAAACACGACCUAACGGAUUUGAUAAAAACGGAAAGCAUGCAAAAAUUGGUUGCCGUCAACGAGUACAUGACCGAUACGGUGAACCUAUUCGAACGGUACGGUGUGGAUAAGUACUUGACGGCGUACGGAUUGAGCGUGAACAGUCGCUACCGUGGGCGCGGAAUCGCCACCGAAAUACUGAAAGCACGUCGACCGAUUUGCCGGGCAUUUGGCUUGCGACUUACGAGCACCAAUUUCACCGCCAUUGGUUCACAAAUACCGGCCGCAAAGGUUGGCUUUAAAACGGAUCUAGAAAUGCAAUACGAUGAAUUUGUAAAAGUCAACCCGACUUACACCUUCGAUGGAAUCAAGAGCAAAAGUCUAAAGCUGAUGAGCCUACCGAUUGAAUGAGUUACUUGGCGGAAAAUGUGAGUGUGUGAUGUAAGGCGCAGUUGCUUUUAAAUGUAGUGAUGUUAAAUAAAUAUGAAAUUGUUAAUGUUUA